UUCCCUAAUUUCAAUUUCAACCCCCCUUCUGCCUCCUCUCUCUCUCUGUAUCUCUCUCUAAAAUCUCCGAGAUUCUCUACUUCGCCCUACAACCGGAAAACCAUGGACUCAUCACCGAUCUACUUUCUACCACAAGACACCCUCCAUCAGAUCUUCUCCAACCUCCCUCUCCGUGAGAUCAUACGUUGCAGAUCAGUCUGCAAGUUCUUCAAUCAAACGCUCACCUCACCUUCCUUCAUACACCUCAUCUCCACCCAACCCCCUUCCCUCCGCCUCCUCUCUCUCCGCCCCCCUCACCACCACCACCAUAGCCGCCACGUGUCCUCCGAUGCCACCCUCCACGCAUUCGAUCCCGACCAGAAUCAAUGGCUCCGAUUCCCCCUCACCUUCCUCCCCUUCCAUUCCCCUCAACCCGUGGCUUCCUCACUCGGACUCGUCUACCUCUGGGCCGACUCACCCGAUUCCACUAAAACACUCGUCGCUUGCAACCCUUUAACUCGCCAGUUCCGAGUCCUCCCCCAACUGGGCUCGGCCUGGUCGCGUCACGGCUCGGUCCUAGUUGGGCCGCCCAACCGAGUGCUUGUAUUGAGUGAACUCGCUGCCCUCUACUUCUCAGGCAGUACCAAUAAUUGGGUAAACUUUUCAUCGAAUUUGCCGUCUAAACCACGAAGCCCAAUCUUGGUCUCAGACUCUUGUGUACUGGCUCUCUGCGAUGUGGGUUCGCCUUGGAGAAGCCAAUGGAAGCUGUUUUCAUGUACACUGUCGAGUCUACAGAGCUCACAGUCAUGGUCUCGGCUCGAAAAGCACGAGUGGGGUGAUGUGUUUGAUAUCCUGAAACGGCCUCGUUUGGUGAGAGGGAUUGGGAACAGGGUUUUGAUGAUUGGGGGUUUGAGGUCUUCGUUCUCGCUCAACGCUUCGUGUUCGACAAUUCUGAUCCUGAGGUUGGAUUUGGACACCAUGGAGUGGGACGAGGCGGGUCGAAUGCCCACCCAGAUGUUCCGGUGCUUCCAGGAAUCGAGCAAGUUCAAGGUUUUUGGAGGUGGGAAUAGGGUUUGUUUUUCGGCCAAGAGGGUUGGGAGAUUGGUGUUGUGGGAUUACUCGGAGAUUGUUGGCAAGGGGGAGUGGAGGUGGGUUGAUGGCGUGCCGGGGAGCGGGGAUGGGCUUUGCCGGGGAUUUGCGUUUGAUCCGAGGCUUACGGCCUUGCCUUGAAGGAUUGGUUGACGGGUUUUGCGGGUCGAAUUUUAUGUUGGUAUGUUCUCUAUGUUGCAAACAUUGUUGUUGUUGUAUUAAUAGCUAAAUUCAUGUCAAUGUGUUCUUUUUUGUAUGUUAUUGUGUUUUCUUUCUUGCUUUGCUGUAAUUGUGUAAUAGGAGUUACAAUUUAACUUGAAAUCCUUGUUAAUGGAAAAUGUUUCACAGAAUUGGGUAUUUGUUGAGUCAUGUAGAUACUUGAGAGUGGAGAUAAAUUUAUUUAUUUAUUUUUUGAGGUUCAAUGUGA